AAUCCAGACUCAACAUCCAGAGCAACAGCCAACCAUGCACCCUCAUGAUUGCAACUGCACUACAGGUGCAUCUUCCUCCUGCGGUGAUUCCUGCCAGUGCAAAAACUGCAAAUGCAAGUCCUGCAAGAAAAGCUGCUGCUCCUGUUGUUCAGCGGAUUGCAGUAAAUGCAGCCAGGGAUGCGAAUGUGCAAAGGGAUGUGAAACCUGCAGUUGUUGCAAGUAACCUGCUGGACUUCUGAAUCGUCUUCUGUGUUC